CAUGCUAUAGCAGCUCCCUCUAGAUCUCAGAGACAUUUACUUUUCUUGUCGGGGGAAAUGCUGGGCUGUUUAACAAUUUUCAUUUCAGGACCCAGAAGGGUACUUGAAGAUUGUAUUACAAUGAGAAGAACCUUCAUGCUGCUGUUUGUUGUGGCUCUGGCUGGAGAUUGUAUAACUAGUGUGGCCCCGAGGCUCUGGGGAGAUACCAUUACUGAAUUUGCUGUGGAUCUGCACCGGGCAAUACGUUCAGCUGACACAGAAGAGAACAUUAUUUUUUCCCCACUUGGUGCUACAUUGAUUCUAGGAAUGAUAAAACUGGGAGCCAAAGGAACAGCAUCCCAUCAAAUAAAGGAAGUUCUAAAACUGCAGGGAAAUCAAGAAAGUGAGGAGUUUUCUGGGCUCCAAAAGCUGCUUGCUGUCAUUUCAGAAGAAAAUAAAGAAUUUACAUUUAAUCUUGCAAAUGCCCUCUACCUUCAAGAAGGCUUCCACGUGAAGGAGCAGUAUCUCCAUAGCAACAGAGAUUUUUUCAAGAGUGAAAUAAAGCUGGUGAAUUUCCAAGAUUUGAAAGCUUCUGCCGAAAUAAUAAGUGCAUGGGUAGAGACGCAAACAAAUGGAAAAAUCCGGAACAUGUUUUCAAGUGGAGACAUUGAGCCGCUCACCAAACUAAUUUUGGUCAAUGCCAUUUAUUUCAAAGGAGAAUGGGAACACAAGUUUAGUCCGGAAGCGACUCAUCCGAAAGACUUCACUGUGAAAGGGGGCACUAGUACCAAGAUCCCAAUGAUGAACCUUCAUUUAGCAGCAAAGCUUGGAUAUUUUUCAGUGAAUAAUUUUAAAUAUAAAGUACUGGAGCUUCCCUACAAAGGGGGCAAACUCAGUUUAUUAUUAGCUCUCACCGCAGAAAAUGUAGACAUCGAAGACUUGGAGAAAAAUCUGACAGCACCAAUAGUUAAAGACUGGAACAGCAAUAUGAAGGAAGAACUUGUUGAAAUCAGCCUGCCCAGGUUUAAAAUAGAACAUAAAGUUGAUUUAAAGAAAUCUCUGCUUCAUCUGAACAUAACCGAUGUCUUCAAUCCAAGCUGCAAUCUCUCAGGAAUAACAGAUACUUCAAACCUGUAUAUUUCAAAGGUGGUUCAGAAGGUUUCAAUUGAAGUAAAUGAAGCUGGAAGUGAAGCUGCUGCAUCAACAGGAAUGAACGUUGCAGCAAUGAGUUUGACCAAUCACAGAUUUGUUGCAGAUCGACCAUUCUUGUUCUUCAUCAGACACAACCCAUCAGGAUCAAUUCUAUUUAUGGGGAAGGUGACAAAUCCAGAUGAAGGCGAUGCGAGAAGACGAGACGUGGAGUCACUAUAGCAAGAUAAACGCCCAGAUUCCUAGGACGCGCGGCGCAGCACCACACGAGCUACCAUUCAUAAUACUGGCUGUUAUCAGCUGCUCUCUAGUAAAGAACACCAUGAAAUUAUCAGCAU